UCGAGAGAGAGUGAGCAAGAACGAGCGAGAGAGCGAGUGAGCGGUCGAGAGGAGAGAGAGAGAGAGAGAGAGAGAGAGAGAGAGAGAGAGAGAGAGAGAGAGAGAGAAAGAGAGAAGAAGAAGAAGAAGAAGAAGAAGAAGAACGAGGAGAGCUCCGCUGUCAGAAGGGAAAAGAUUUCAGAGAGAGUAGCCCUCGGCUUCUCUCCGACCAGCUGUGCUUUCAGACCUAAAGGCCCUUCAUCACCAUAAAGGCCAUAUUCCUCUGGGACUGAGGGCAGUGUUUAUUAUUUUUUUGGAAAACAAAGUUGCUGUGGAGAUGACUUCUGGGUCAAGGAGAGGCCUCUUCGGACUGUGUUGCCUCUGACCACCACCCACCUCCUCCCUUUUCGAGCUUAGGCUGGGAGGCCCCACUUUCCUGCUCUCCUGUGGACAGUUUGUUGGGGCAUCUUAUGCUGCCAGGAUCCCCAGUUUGCAAAUUCUGCUCUGGAGUCCAACAACAGCAAAAGCAGCAGCAGCAGCAGCAGCAACAGCAGCAGCAGCAGCAGCAGCAGCAGCAGCAGCACUGGCAGCAGCAGAAGGAAAGCCUGCCCGUACUCCAAUCCCCACACCUUCUCUCGUUAUUCCUCAAUUUCAGAGGCAGCCCCAGUUCCUUGAACUCUCCCAGCUAUGUUGGACCCUGAUGUUCCCAGGGGCCCUGAUCCCACAGCUAUAUGGCCCCCUAGUGCCAGGGGAGCCUGAGCGCUGCCUGGAGAGAGGCCUCUCCUCUUUGUUCAGCCCCUGUCCCAUUUCCUAGGGACCAUGAGUGGGGGUAAGAAGAAGAGCAGUUUCCAGAUCACCAGUGUCACCACAGACUAUGAAGGUCCUGGGGGAUCUGGGGGAGGUGACUCCCCUACAGCUGUGGUUUCUACCUUACUCAUACCUCGUCUUCCCAAUGGGGAACCCAGCUCAGAGUUGGGAGGCAAAGGGACCCCUCGAAAUGGCUCCCCACCCCCUGGGGCCCCAGCUUCACGUUUCCGGGUAGUGAAGCUUCCCCAGGGACUAGGGGAGCCAUAUCGCCGAGGGCGCUGGACAUGUGUGGACAUUUAUGAGAGGGACCUGGAAGCCCCUGCCCUCAGCCGUCUCCUGGAGGGAGUUCGAGGAGCAACUGGAGGGACUGGGGGUCGUUCUUUGGACUCUAGGCUAGAGUUGUCCAGUUUGGGCCUGGUUCCGCCAAACCCCCAACCUCAGGGCCCAACCAACUGGCUUCGCCCACCCCCAACUUCCCCUGGCCUUCAGGCCCGAUCUUUCACUGGGGGGCUAGCCCAGCUGGCAGGGGGCAAGGGGAGGGCUGAAACUCCACCUCUUUCAGCUUCUCCACCCCAGCAGCACCCCUCGGAGCCCAGUGAUAGGGACAAUACAGGGGUACUGGUACCACAUGCCUCAACCCAGCUGCCCACCCUGUGGGUAGAGGCAGAGGCUGGGGCUCCAGCAACAACUCCUCCAAUCACCCGAAAGAAGGAUGGAGCCCCUUGGCUGAGGAAAGAGGGGGAGGAAAGAGGCCAGCUCCCUCUCCGAGGCUCCCGCCCUGGCUCUCCAGCCCUCUCCCUUCUCCAGGAUACCAAUCCCAACCGGAAAUCCUCAGACCCCUUUGGAGCCUCUGCUCAGCGGCUGAAUCUGGCUCGAUCUAUGCUUGCCAUUAGUAGCCCCCUCGAUGGUGAUGAUGACAGUGGCUCUGGAAGCAUGGUUGCCAUUGACAACAAGAUUGAACAAGCUAUGGACUUGGUCAAGUCUCACCUCAUGUUUGCAGUUCGGGAGGAGGUGGAGGUCCUGAAGGAGCAGAUCCGAGAACUAGCUGAACGAAAUGCAGCCUUGGAGCAAGAGAAUGGAUUGCUCCGGGCUCUGGCCAGCCCUGAACAGCUGGCCCAACUUCCGGUCUCUGGGACCCCUCAUCCUGGACCCCUUGCCCCAAAUGGGCCCUCCUCAUGAGCCUCCCUUCAUGAGCCUCCUUUCCCUCACAAUGUGCCUUUAAGGGCUGUCACUGGGAUGGAGACCUCAGUGUCCUAGAUUCCCAGGCCUUUUUUGCCUUCUCUUCCUAUGCAGCUUUAAUAUCAUGAGAAGUGGUGAUAGAGUGUUCAAGGUUGAGUCCAGAUUUGUCUUCCCCCUCCCCACCUCCCACCAGACCCAAGGGGCUGGGCCAAUUUUCCCCAAAGACGGAGGGCAGGGCCAGAAUUUACCUAGGCCUGGAUGGGGUAAGGUUUCAGGGUAUAAGAUGAAGCCCCUACCCAGUCAACCUUUCUCAUCAUCCCUCUGGGUGGUAAGUGGCUCCCUCCCUCCCUAGUUCUCUAAAUAUCUGGGACCCCCCCAGAUUAGGAGGGCCCAGAGGGGAGCUGGGUACUUCUAGGCAGAGACCACUUUCCUAUCUUUCAAAGUUCCUCCAUUGGGUUCAGCCAAGAGAGGGGGAUAUAGGCAGUGUCCCAAGGUUCUGGGAUUCAGGUUGUUAUUAAAAUAUUAUAAUAAAAAAUCAGAAUAAACUUG